GUGGCUAAUUAAAAAAAAAUUGUUCCCCUUUUCAGCAAUUUUGGUAAAACUUCUGAUUGGCUGUCACUCUUUCUUAAUGAAAAUGGUAUAUCAUGUGUCAACCUAAACGGAGAAAUGCCUGCAGUUAUCAGAAAUGAUCAAUUUAGAAAAUUCCAGGAUGGAGAAGUCAUAGCAUUGUCUUGUACAGAUUUAGCAUCCAGAGGCUUAAACACAACUAGGGCUGGCCAUGUCAUAAACUUUGAAUUUCCACAAUUCAUUUCUGAUUAUAUACAUCGCUGUGGAAGGAUUGGGAGAGUAGGAAGUGCUCUCACAGGCAUGGUUACAAACCUUGUUCACAGACCAGGAGAAAUUGAAUUGGUUAAGAAAAUUGAGUAUGCUGUGAGGAAAAGUGAGGAGUUCCAUAAUGUGAAUGCUAAUAUAAAAAGAAUUUUAGUCAAUAAUGCUGUUAAGGAUGGGGAAUUGAUAGAAUGAUAUAACAAAAUUCCGGUAACUUGUAUAAAAGUAAAUGAAAUAUAAAAUGUUAUUGUCUGUGUAAAUAAAAGUUUAUACGUUCGUCUCAA